AUGUGCACCUCAGUUUUACGUAGCUGGCAAGUCCUCAGAUCACUGGAGCCGGAAUUUAUCUCACAAAUUCGAAUGGUCAUAGUAUAUGAUAUAUAUGGUCAUAGUGCCUUAAUCGUGACGAAAGAUAAGAUGGUAUAUGCUUUGGGGAUCAACCAUUUCGGUUGUUUAGGCACAGGGGACUGUAUCUCCACAUUACAUCCAAAGAAGAUCGAGGUCUUAUGCACGAAAGAUAUAAAGACGUUCGCGUGCGGUGGUGGACCUCACGUUCUAGCACUUACAGUAGGAGGAGAGAUAUACUCCUGGGGAUACAACCUUUAUGGCCAAGUGGGGAACAGUUGGAAUGAGAGCAUUACCACGCCUGCUCUAGUAAACAUACCUAUUCAGGAAGGUGAUCAGGGUCCAAAGCGUAUCGUCGACAUAGCAUGCGGAUGUAACCAUUCCAUCGCUCUGACCGAGUCUGGCGAGGUGUAUGCUUGGGGAGUACAUGAGGAUGAAGAAGAAGAGGAAGAAGAGGUGCAAGAAGAGGAACAAGAGCAGGAAAAGGAGAAAACUGAUAAACAGACAACACCUAUGCAAUUCGAUAUCUUGGUUAAAAAGAAGGUUGUCCACAUCUCCUGUGGUGCGGCCUUCACUGUGGUAAUCAUUGAUAAUGGCGAGGUAUAUGGUUGGGGUAAUAAUAGAUAUGGCCAGCUGGGUGUAGGCGAUAUGGAGGAUCGAACGACGCCAUGCCAGGUCGAUUCACUAAUAGGCACUGUGAUAGUCCAGGUUGUUUGCGGAGACCGGCACACGCUGGCGCUCACGGACAAAGGAGACCUCUACGCCUGGGGUAACAAUUAUUACGGCCAAUUGGGGAUCGGCAACAAAACGCAUUCCGUUAAACCAGUCCUGGUCGAGCAUCAAAUGGGAAGAGUGUUCGACAUUGCCGCUAUGUAUGACGACAACAUAAGCGUCGCCGUCGGCACGGGACAACGUGUGUAUGUAUGGGGUUUUUGUUGUGGACAGAACAUCAUGACCCCAAUCGCUACUCCAUUCUCGGAUAUACAUAUCGCAUUUGCAUCCUACAGUUUGAUGACGUAUAUGCACAAACCGCUAUUCCUGGACAUAAACGGAGAGCCGGACAUUGAAUGUGAUGUACUGAAAGUGAGAACUGCAUUCAGUGAUUCUUCGACAAGCGAUCUUAGGAUACAAGUCGGGAACUAUUUUAUGCACGUGCACAAGAUUAUUUUAAAGGUCCGCUCUUCGUAUUUUCAAACCUUGUUUCAGCACGAUUGGGCGGAAAACAACCAGAGUGUUAUUAAGUUGGAUCAGUUUUCCUAUAUUGUCUACAAAGCGUUCCUGAAGUACUUGUAUACCGACAUAGUCGAUUUACCCUGGAAGCAGGUGGUAGGACUUUUGGACCUGGCUGACGCAUACUGCGAGAGCGAUCUUAGGAAGAAGUGUUUUCAGAUGCUAAAGAAAGAAAUUACCGUACCGAAUGUCGUUUACUUAUAUACCAUUGCAGUCAAAUAUAACGAGGAGGAGCUAGAAGAUUGCUGCGUCAGAUUUGCCGUUCAUCACAUGAAUGCUGUGACGAUGACAGAAGAUUUCGCCAAACUUGAGCAGGAAUUGAUGAUGACAUCAUUUAUAAUCAAGGCGCGCAGAGCUGGAUGUUUCAAAUACUAA